AGCUACGAUACAAAAGACCAAGAAUUUUCAAAAUUCAGGCCCAAUAGCUAAAGCCCAUAUUAAACUAUUAGGGCCCAUAUUAAAAUAUUAGGGCCCAUAUUAAAAUAUCAGGCCCAAUUGAUUCCUUUUUCAUUUUCAGUGGGAUCUGAUUCUCGUCGGCGGCUAACGAAAACUUAUUCGGGAGGUUUUUGCUCCAUCAUCGGAAGAGAUGGGUCAAACUCAGAGUAACGACAGCUCCGAAGUUCCAACAACGACGACGACGACGACUAGUAUUCCUCCUCCUCCUCCGUCUACGAAUUCGCCGCGGGAUUCUGAUGAUACAUCGUCGUCUCCGAUGGAUUCUCUAAUUGCAGAAGCUGCAGCGUUUGGUGAGGAUGGCAAUGAGAAUGAGUCGCUUGAAGCCAAGGCGCAGAAAGCACUAGACUGUCCUUGCAUAGCUGAUCUUCGUAAAGGAUCUUGCGGGUCUCAGUUCACUGACGCUUUCCGUUGCUUUCUCAUGAGCACUGCUGAAGAAAAGGGAUCAGACUGUGUACAUCCUUUUGUGGCUUUGCAAAACUGUGUCAAAGCCAACCCUAAUGCAUUCUCUAGAGAGGUUCUAGAGGACAAGGAAGAAGAGACCGAGAAAAAACAAGAGCCAGUGCAAGAAGACCAUAGAAUCAUCCCUCCUCUCUGGGCAAAGGACCCUCCUCGCAGUGGCAAAUCCAAGCUUUAGAGCCUCAACAACAAUGGAGUCAACACAAGACGCUUAUUCUUUUCUCUCUUACAAACAACAAAGUGAAAGAAAGUAACAGAAGCAUUGUGUGACCAUUUGUUUUUGUAGUUUACAUUCUCAUAUAUGAUCCAAAACGAAUCGCUUACACCGAAGCUUAACCGUUUGGUUUAGUUUACAGAGCAAUGGUUAUAGUUCCGUCCCAUAAUAAUAUUACCGACUGGUUUA